AGCUGGUCGCCAUAGAGACUGAGCUACUGGCAGGUCUGCCUUCACAGGCUACAGGCCUCGACCAACUGAACCUUGGAACUCAGGUUAUACCCGCCCAUAUCACAGAUAACUGUUCACCAAUAGAGGAUCGAUCAGAGGACAUGGGUCUGCUUCUCUCCGGGAUCGCUCAGCUCAAGGUAAUGCACCUACCUUAUUCUCUAGUACAUAUUGCAGGCCAUCUAACCUGUUUUUUCCCACAGUGGUCUCUUUUCACUCAGGAUCCUUGGAUCCUUCAGACUGGUUUAGGUUUUCUCAUAGAUCUCACCACCGACCCUAUACAGGAAUUUCCUCCCCCUCUCUACGGAUGUCCCAAUCGGACACUGCCGUACUUCAUGCAGAACUCUGCAAGCUCAGAGACAAGGGUGCAAUCAAACCCUCAUCCCCUUCCAGGUUUGCCAGCAACAUCUUCCUAGUUUGGAAGAAGUCAAACGACUUUCGCCCCAUCAUCAACUUGAGAAGUUUGAAUCAGUUCAUUGUGUAUCAGCAUUUCAAAAUCGAGGGCAUACACCUGCUCCGGUACCUGCUUUGCAAAGGAGAUUGGUUCUCCCAUUUCGAUCUCAGGGAUGCCUACCUUACAGUGCUGGUAGCGCCCUGUCACCAUCCUUUCCUCUAGUUCAUAUGGCACUAAGAGCUUUUGCAGUUCACUUGCCUCCCUUAUGGUCUCUUGUCCACUCCUUGGUGUUUCACCAAAUUAAUGAAACCAGUUAUGGCUUCUCUGGUCCCAAGGCAUCAGGUCCAUCGUCUACUUAGACGACAUAUUAAUCAUGGCGCAGGACCCCCAUACUCUUCGGAAACAUACAGAUCUCACCAAAUCUCUCCUACAAAAUCUCAGGUUUGUAAUCAAUUUAAAAAAAUCCUCACUAAUACUAUCGCAGUCCAUCCUUUUCCUAGGAUUUCAGAUCGACUCCGUUCUGUCGAUCCUUCAACUCCCGAUGUCAAAGAUAAAAGCCAUCAAGAAGGACAUUCGAAGGCUAUUGUACUCCCAUCAUAUACUCCUUCACGAUUUUGUGCGAAUAAUAGGACUCCUGUCCUCGUCCAUUCAGGCUAUUUUCCCCGGCCCCUUACUUUACAGGGCGAUGCAACACCUCAAGACGAGGUAUCUUUGCAUAUCCCAGUCUUACGACCAACCGGUUUUCCUUACAGACGAGGUCCGUCUGGAGUUAGAUUGGUGGCUCCAAAACAUGGAAGCCUGGAAUGAGAGAGCUAUAUUUGGGUGCCAACCUGAUUUUUGUCCGAUGCCAGCCUCCUAGGUUGGGGAGCCACCUGAUCCGGCCUUUCUACUGGGAGUCUCUGGACCCAGUCAGAACACUAGAUGCAUAUCAAUUGCCAAGAGCUGAUAGCGGGCGCCUUUGCGAUUUGCAGUUUUGCCAAUGAUGCUUACAAUUGCUCUUUGAUUCUCAGAAUGGACAAUGUUUCUGCUGUCCGUUAUGUCAAUCGUCUUGGAGGCUCCCGUUCAAAGCUCCUGUCGGACCUUAGGAAGGAACUCUACCAGUUUUGUCUAGGGAGGAAUCUCUCUUUUCGAGCGAAAUAUCCACCCGGGUCGGACAACCUCGUGGCGGACUGGUUUUCCUGUACCUGGGAGGACGCCAGCGAUUGGUACCUAGACCCGAGUGUCUUCCACCAUCUGCAUCGGCUUCGCGGGCCCAUCACUUUGGAUCUGUUUGCGUCCAGACUGAACUGUCAAACAGACGCUUUCUUCAGUUGGCUUUUGGACCCGAUGUCUCAAGCCGUCGAUGCUUUCCUACAACCUUGGCCGCUGACAGGAGCUUAUGCGUUUCCACCUUUUUCCAUAAUUCCUCGCACUUAAGGUUCUGGGAGUGACGGUCCUGUUAAUAACUCCUCUCUGGAGACCCCAACCUUGGUAUCCCAAUCUCUUAGAAAUGUCCUCGGAUUAACCUCUGCUUCUGCCUCUCGCUCCGGAUCUCCUGCGAGAUCCCUCUGGAGCUUUCCAUCUUCUCGCUGCCCAGGGAUAUCUUCAGCUGGCGGCCUGGACUGUUUCAGGGGAUCCUGGUAUGUUUCGGGCCUUUCGGACUCUGCUCGAAGUUUCCUCUGGGAUUCAUGGGCUCCAGGAAUCCGCAGAUCUUACCUUUCGGCAUGGAAAUCCUGGGUUCGCUGGUGUUUGGAAAGGGAUAUUAAUCCAUUUUCAAUGACUCUGGUGAAUAUCAUGAAUUUCCUGUCUUCUCUUUUUGACAGUGGCAAGUCUUACCGUACGAUAAACGUUUUUCGCUCUGCUAUUUCAGCGGCUCAUUGUCCGAUUGAUACGGUUCCUGUCAGACAACACUCAUCCGUUUGCAGGCUCCUACGGUGUAUCCGCCUCUCCAUCCCCUCGUUAUACCCAUUUUUGGGAUGUUGCACAGGUCUUAUCCUUCCUGGAAGCUUGAUCUUCAAGCUAUUGCAUUUACUCCAGAGGGAGUACAUUUCUCUAUUGUUCGACACACUAAGGUCUCCUCUUCCUCCGUUUUUUCUCCAUAUUUUCCUGAAAGGCCAUCUCUGUGUGUUGCCAGCUGUUUGCAAUGGUAUUUCACCUUUACCACUCCCCUUUGGGCCCCAUUGGGACCUCUUUUUGUGUCCUAUGUUUGGCCUCACCAUCCAGUGUCCUUCCCCAUGAUUGCUCGGUGGAUCCGGUGGCUCCUCUGCCUUGCAGGUGUUGAGACCUCCUUUGGCACACAUUUGGUGCGGGCACAGCUGCGUCCUCUGCCUUUGUCACAGGGAGUUCCCUUUCGGACAUUUUAAACUCUGCGGAUUGGUCAAAGUGCUAGGAAUUUGUAUGUUGCCAAGCUGCCAGUCACACCAUACCUUCACGAAUUUCCUCUCUUUCUAGUGUGAAUCUGUCUUCGUUAUCUUCAUGACAUCCUUGUUGGUGGAUCUGCUGGUCCGACUACGUUUCGUUUACAUGGUUGACUAUGUUUUUUUGAAGAUUGUUCGUUUCUAG